UUCUUCCCACGCUUUCCAAAUGGUUACCGAUUGAUUAUGGAGGGGAAAUUUUAGGAUAGAUUUUUUGGUAUAUAUACAAGGGAGAAAUUGUAGGGACCAUUGUAGUUUUGUGAUUAUCGAGCAGGUACGAUGAAAUUGAUAACGGGUGUUUUAUCGCUUGUUGCGGUUAUAAGCGCACGGCCGGACGUCUCACAUCUACCCAGCGGGAGUUAUUUGCCAGGAGGGCUUGCAGGCGCAUCUUCUGGACACUUUGGAAGCAUAAACAACUUCGGUGGUGGCCACAUUGGCGGAGGUCACACCAGUUUCGGUUCGUCAGGCGGGCACUCCAAUUUCGGUUCGUCAAGUGGGCACUCCAAUUUUGGUGUGUCUCAUGGUACAUUUGGAAGUAGCCACGACGGACAUGGUACAGGAUUCCAUGACCAAAAACAUGUCUACUUCUACGCAGCACCAGAAGAAGAAAGCUCAGGUCGACUUCGCAUCCAACUUGUGCCCAAUUCGCAACGCAACACUAAGAUUAUCUUCGUCAAGGCGCCAUCUUAUGGAUCUCUAAAACCAGAAGUUAUCGCGCCACCUUCAGUGUCUGAAGACAAAACGCUGGUCUACGUGUUAGUUAAACGACCAGAUCAUGGUGGAGCCAUCACAAUCCCGGCCGGUGCCGGCGUCAAGCCUUCCAAGCCCGAAGUUUACUUCAUUAAGUACAAAACUCAGCACGAUGCUCAACAGCAAAUUGUCGGAGGACUUCACGGUCAACAUGUUGGCGCCAGCGUUCCCGAUGUAGGAAGCGAAUCAAGUUUUGUAAGCACCUUGGAUAGUGGCGUAUCCGGCAUAGGGGGCACCACCGGAUCUAUAGGAUCCCACACUCACUCUAGCAACUUGUUUACGAGCGGAACGUCCGGAUCGAGUCAAUUUGGACCGGCAGGAGCAAGCGGCCCGUACUAAGCAAAUUUUGCGUGAUUAGUUUAAUUGCUACGAUAGAAUUUUAUGUACCUGUUGAAUGAAAAUAUAGUA